AUGACCAUCAUUCCUUUCCCAGGUGACCGGCUCCUGCAGGUGGAUGGAGUGAGUCUAUGUGGUCUGACUCACAAGCAGGCUGUGCAGUGUCUCAAGGGUCCUGGGCAGGUGGCACGGCUGGUCUUAGAGAGGAGAGGCCCCAGGGUUGCACCACAGUGUCCUUCUGCUGAUGACAGCAUGGGAGAUGCACACAUGGCUGUUUCCCUGGUAACAGCCAGGUCUGGCAGACCUGCGAGCUGUGUCUCAGUGACAGAUGGUCCUAAGUUUGAAGUCAAACUGAAGAAGAAUAGCAGCGGUUUGGGAUUCAGUUUCGUGCAGAUGGAGAGAGGAAACUGCAGCCACCUCAAGAGCGACCUUGUGAGGAUUAAGAGGCUCUUUCCUGGGCAGCCAGCUGAAGAGCAUGGGGCCAUUGCAGCUGGUGACAUUAUCCUGGCAGUGAACGGAAAGUCCAUAGAAGGCCUCGCCUUCCAGGAAGUGCUCCAUGUAUUGCGUGGGGCUCCAGAGGAAGUGACACUACUUCUCUGCCGACCCCCUCCUGGGACACUGCCUGAGAUGAAGCAGGGAUGGCAGACUCCUGAACUAUCAUCAGACCAAAGAUUCACCAUGGCAACAGGUACUGAGUCAGAGCAGAGCCCCAGCUUAGAUCAAGACAGCUGGAGGGACAGUGCCUCCCUGGACACAGGAGAAGGCCUAGGUGGCAGGCCAGAGUCUUCCUACAAGGCUGUCAGAGAGGUGAAAGGAGACCAAAACAGACAGGAACCCUGGACCAGGUCCUUGAUGCACCCUAUGGAAUCCCAUCCUCACUUGUGCAAACUCCACCAAGAACCAGAGACACCAGCAUUGGCUACCUCUCUGGAAAAAGAUAUGAGACAAAACUGCUAUUCUGUGUGUGAUAUCAGGAGGCUGGGAAGAUUUUCCUUCUCAUCUUCUCUAACCAGAUUAGCAACAGAUAUUUUCUGA